GAAUGCCAGACGGCAACAAGGCAACAAGGCUCCGACGUCGAUGGCUAUUAAGUUGCUGGAAACGGUUGAGCCGAUUCUGGACAAAGUCGCGCUCGAGAAACAGGCAAAGCUCCUGCAGGAGCUGGAGGAUGAGAAGCCAGACAAAAAAACCAACAAGAAGGAGAAAAGGCCGAGACACAGGGCUGCCGUGAAUCAGGAAGCACAGCCUGCCUCUCAGUCGUCAUCAGAACCGCCUGCCUGCCCAAGCGCCGCAGCCCACUCGGACUCACCUUGUUCAGCUGAAGCUGCACAUGACAGGCGCCUUCCCGAGACAGGUGGUGAUCUCGAUGCAGAGGAUUCGGCGGUCGAUGAUGAUCCUUGUCUACUCUCCCCUCAAGGGCCACACAUCGACGGCUUUGACGGGCGAAGAUGGCCGCUACAUGCCCCAGCGCCCUUUGCCCCACCUCUCCCGCUUCGACCGCAGGCUAUGCCAAAUGAGGAUCUGCCACUGGACGGCCUGGUGGACUUGCCAUCUCUCUCCACGGGCGCAGCUGUGGCUGCCUGCAGUUGCAAUGAGGCAGGGAUCACGGCAGGGCCACCCGAUGAGGCAUUCGUCAUCGGGUAAGGAGACAGUAUCUCUGACGAGGGCAGGCCGAGGCCGAAUACCAUAGUGUGUCUCACCUAUGACGUGCAGGAUGAUGAGCAACCAGGUGGCCUCACUGCAGCGACAGAUAUCAUCGCUGCAGAAGGAGUUGGCAGACACCAAGGCUCAAGAGACGGCAACAUGCGACAUCAAGAACCGGUACAUUCACAUCUUGCCUUUGAUGGGCCAGCGACAAGAUGUGGUUUCAUCCUUCUCCCCUCACCUGUUGUCAGCAUGCAGGAAAUGCUCCGAGGGGCAGCGGCGGAACUGAAGAAGGAGAAAGAGGCCCGCACAGAUCUCGAGGCUCGUCUUGUCGAGGCGGAGGAGCGGCUGAAAUCACAUCAGAGGGAGGCCGAAACGAGGCACGUCGAGGAGGAGAGGAAAAUGGCAACGAGGUGUGGUGUGUGUCAGGAGCGUCAGUGUAACGUCCGCUUUGUUCCGUGUGGGCACACAUCGAUCUGCCUCAAGUGCAUGCAGUGCCACAUGCUGAAAUUGCCAGAGAAGCAUUGCAUUUGUUGUGAAUGCAGGGGAGGGUUCACGUCGUGGGCAGUGGUGAAAGGGGACACGUAGAAGUACAUGUCUUGAUGAAGCAUACCAAG